AAAACAAACAUAAUACUAAGAAAUAAGUUAUUUUGACAAAUAGCAGAGCAGGAAACAAAAUCCCUCAAAAAUAAUACAAGGAUAUAUUUAAAUCACUCAGAUUAUGUCAGCUAAAAAAAAGAACUGUCCCAAAAAUUCAUUUCAUUUUGAUCAGAGUGUUGUCCACGAUAGAGUCCCAUAUCCUCAAAAAAACAACGUCCUGAAAAUAUUCCCCAAUUUCAAUCCAAAAUGAAAAAUCCAAAAUGACAACAGCCCCAAAAAGAUGAGAAAAAAACAAAAACCCGCAAAAAGAAAAAUAAGUUCCAGAUCUCACCGGGAGCGUCUUCCUUCCUCCUCUCGCACCGGGCGCCGUUUCCUGGGCGCCAGGCUGCGGUCCAGUUUAAAAACGCACCAUGUGGCGCUCGGGCGAAAUCUGACCGCUGUUUAUGUCUCUUCUUUCAUUUUUACUUGUCUCAAACAUUCAUGAAGUCUCAAACAAUCUCUCACUGCACAGAUAUGGCGCCCCUUUUUAUUUGGUUAUCACAACCACACCUAAAACCAGCAUGAUGCUGCCAGAAACCAGCUUUACACUGGAAACUCUGGGAAAUUCAACAAUCACAUGACUGAAUCUGUCCUAAAAAAUACAUAUUACUUUCUGAUUUAUUUAGUCAAAAGAAAACAAACAUAGAGGUUAUGUUGCAAUUUAUUUGCAUUAAAAUAUAUUUAUUUUUUGUAAGCAAAAGGUGUUCAAAUUCAUCCUCAAACUGCAGAUACUUGUGUGCAAAGAGGGAGGGAGGAUGAUUUUUCCACUUUUCAUAAUAGAUAUUAAAAAUAUUGGAAUAUCUUCUGCAGUCAAUAUCCUUUUUACUCUGGCUUUAUAAAAAAGAUUAGUAUAAUUUCAUAAUUUUUCACAAUAUAUCCAUUUAUUAUUAAGAUGAUAAUAUUCAUUUAAGAGAAUAUCUCAUUUCUUCUAUUUCUGAUCUUUUAAAACCACUGCGGUAGUCAAAUGUAGCAAAAAAUAAGUUCUUUGUUAAAUUAAACGCUACUGAAUAAUUUUAAAAUAAAUAUUAGCAAAUAAUAAAUAUAAUGUAUAAAAUAUAAUCCGUUCCCUCAAAGAUUUUAUUUUGAAGGAGCCCGCGUCUCUUCCGGUGUGUCGGACAUAAAACCGCUGAUUGACUCUGUUGGAAUAUGGUGUCCAUGAUGACAACUUGAAAAUCCCAACUGCAGUCAGAGGCGAUAGUACCUGCUGGAACCAGUUCGAUGAGAAUGAAAGCGGGUUCGGCUCGGUUCGGGAGCCGCCUGGCGUGGUAGCGUCCUCCCGGCCGCCUGGCUAGCAUGAACUGGGGCGGCCGCCGCUUUUGUUUACAUCCAGUCCAGAUGAUGGUGAUGAUGGGCCCGGAGAGGCGUGUUGGCUAACCCCGCUACUCGACCUGCUUCCAGGGAAGGUGUCAUCGGGGAACCCGCCGUGUUCGGACCGGGUCGGUCCGUCCAAACCGCCGCCGCCUGAAGGUGAUGGACGUGUCUUCUCAGGACCCACCUCUCAUGGCCAUGGACCUAUCGAAGAGCUACACUCCGCUGACUCGCAGCCGCACCGAAGCCUCAGACCUAGCUAAAAAACCUGAGUGGUACCACAGACGGCCGGCGAACUGCAGCACAGACGGUACCUCAGCAUACAGAUCCUCGUCCUCCUACAGUCCGCUCUCCCAGCAGGGGGUCCCUGUCCGCUGCAGAGACAUGGAGCAGGGGCCAGAGUCUCUGGGCAGCUACAUAAGCUCAACUGUGGCUCCGGGUCUGGAUCUUUUUCACAGCAGAACGCAUGGUAACCUGUGGCACGGUGGUUACUACGGAACCGACCAAAGCGGGGAUCCGGUUCCCGAAAGCAGCGGCGCAGAGGAGAGCGACAGCGGCUCUGACGUUAUCUUCCUGGUUUCUUCCGCGAAGGAGCCUCUGUUGUGUGGCUCUUUCAUCCAGGACAGCGUGAGGCACAUCGUGGAGCCCGUUUCCCCUGCCAUGUCCUCGUUGGAUGAAGGAAGAGGUUGCUAUCUCCUAUCUCAGCCCAUGAGCUCACCGAGUGCCGACAGCUCGUACUCGGAGGACUCGUCGGACAGCUCAGUAGACAUUCCAGUGCACCAUGCCAGACCCGUAGUCCUCCUUUCAGACCUCAACACCGUUUACGGACACCCUGGUGAAUCGGUCGCGGAUGCUUCAAGUGACGACAGCGACGUCAUUGAAGUUUCUGUCACGAACCGUAAGAAGGAAAGGCAAUGCUACAAGAAAAGUCCGCCUAAAAUAAAGAGAGAGGGGGAAAAGGCGUCUUCUAGAGAGGUGCGGCGCAGUUCCAGAGUCAGAAAAUCUGAGUCAGAAAUGCCUCGGUUAACCUGCGCCGUGUCACGGCACAGCUUGAGAAGACGCGUCAAAAACGACGCAGUGGGUAUUUAUAACGAAAGCAGUGACUCUGAGGACUUGAUCGAGUACGCUCUGAAGUUUUCCAGCUCCGAAGAAUCCGUCUCGCAGUCAAAGCUUCCACAGAAAGCGAGCAGCCAUUCAGAGGAAUCCAACGGGAACGCCCAAACUGACAGGAAGUCUCCUCCGAAGGAAGCUCAAUUCACAAAACUAAUAAAUUACAAACGAAAAAAGACUCUCAGUCUUCCUAAAACUAAAAACGUUCAAAAAGCAAAGCAGAAGCCGAUCUGCAGCAUCCCCCCAGCGGAGCAACAGACGGUUUCUGACAGUCAGACCACAGCUGGGAAAAAACAGGUCGCGAGGCGAAAAAGGAAAAGGCGUCCACAGACCGGACCUUCUGCGCUGUUUUCUCCCAGAGAACCUGAAAUUCUGCUCAAAUAUGCAAAAUCUAAGGAUAAAAAGGACAGAAAACCUGCCAGCUUCUGCCCGUUUGUCCACAUGGAGCAGCAGCUGUGCAGGGUGGUCAACUACCAGGACGACGAAGGGACGGUUCCCAGCAGCAAAGGAUGGAAGACCAUCUCCAAAUCUGUGUCUGGGUUUGUCCCCUGCACGUCCUGCUUCCAGCUGGGUCGGUCCAGCUCAGACGGCGGCGGUCCGGACCAGCUGCUCUGCUGCCUGUGUGGAUGGACGGCCAACACCAUGGGCCUCGGCGACCUCCACGGCCCCUACUGCCCCACCGGCGCUUCUCUAGACGGUCAGAUGCGCAGAACUGAUCAGAACGACGACCUGCAGAAACUCUCCAACGGCCAUUUGCCGAACUCCUCUGAGGACGACUGCACUCCUGAUAAAACUUUGCUCAGAAGCGAGAAAGUCUCUCCCACUAAGGUGCCUCUUUAUCUAAGCGAGUGCUGGAUACACGAGGACUGCGGUAUCUGGUCUGCCGGCGUCUUUCUAGUCCGGGGAAAGCUGUACGGCCUGGAGGAGGCCGCCCAGAUCGCACAGGAAACGAUCUGCUCCACCUGUCAUCAGCCUGGUGCCAUUAUGGGAUGUUUCCAGAAGGGCUGCCUGAGGAAUUAUCACUACCCAUGUGCCAUUCAGUCAGGCGCCAUCCUCAACGAAGAAAACUUCUCCAUGAGAUGUCCAGAGCACAAGAAUAAAACGUUCCCACCUGCAGCCAGACAAGACAAGAGAUGACAGUGAAGAUGUGCGGCGGCCAUGGAGGUUUGGAGAAUGCUCCACUGAUCUCCUCAGGGCACGGCGGCGGCCAUGACGGCGGCCAUGACGGCGGCCAUGACGGUGGCUUCACCUCAAAAGCGUUCUGAGGAACCGGAGUGGCGGCGGCGGCGGCGUUUCGGGCCAGGCGAACCCGCUUCGCCUGUUAUGACUGAAUCAGGGUCCACUUUAUUUAUUUCUGGAUAUUUUGACCUUUGUUCAGUUCUUUUGUUCGGUUCCUUUUUGCUCUCCGUUUCUCUCCGGGAUGAACCGGCAGCGUUUGGACAUCCUCACUUCAACUAGCUGCUAAAAACAAGUUUAUUAUUUGAACAUAGGUAUUAUAUCAGAGUUUUAUUGGUCUCUUGGAUAACAGGCCACUUUUCUACAAGUUUUUGUACGACUUUUUUAAUCCUUCCAGAUGUUUUUUGUCGUGUUUGUUUUCCUCCUUGAUGCAUGCACAGCUCAUAUUUGCUACAAUGCACUUUAUUACAGUUUUCUAUCAGUUAUUUAAA